CGUGCGUGCACGCGCGCGCCAGCUCGCCUCCACGUACAUUCAGGGCGCAUGCGUCUUCACUUCACUUCACUCCUUGAAACUCGGGCUGGGGCUCAAUUAAGAGACCAUGUCCGCCAUCGGCAGUCCGCAGUCCGUGCUGUCCUUAUUGAAACGCAAUUCUCCAUGAAAUAGCAUUAUCCCGUGGCCUCGAGAAUGGCCAGCUCGGGUGCUGUUCAGGUGAAGCUGGAGCUCGGGCACCGCGCUCAGGUCCGGAAGAAACCCACCGCUGAGGGCUUCACACACGACUGGACGGUGUUUGUCCGCGGGCCGGAGCACACCAACAUCCAGCACUUUGUGGAGAAAGUCGUGUUUCAUCUGCAUGAAAGUUUCCCCAGACCAAAAAGAGUGUGCAAGGAUCCGCCGUAUAAAGUUGAAGAGUCCGGAUACGCUGGCUUCAUCCUGCCUAUUGAAGUGUACUUCCGAAAUAAAGAGGAGCCGAAAAAGGUGCGCUUCGACUACGAUCUUUUCCUGCACUUGGAGGGUCAUCCCCCUGUCAAUCACCUGCGCUGUGAGAAACUCACCUUCAACAACCCGACAGAGGAGUUCCGCAGGAAGCUGCUAAAGGCCGGAGGGCAACGGGAUCCUCACAAAAGAAGCUCGGAAGACUCUAAAGUGAUGGUCAUGCAGGAAGGCUCUACGUCUUUGUUUGGUCAGCACCUAAAGCUGCCCACGUUACCCAGUAGCUCACUGACACUAAACUUCUCUGAUGGAAAAAAGAGCAAGUCCUUUCCAGGAGCAAAGGAUGGGUCCAAAAGUGGUAGUGCGCUCACAAUCACCACCACCACCAACAGCAUCAGCAGCAGCUCGCUCAAGCUCCAUAAGCCAUCCAAGGAACACAAGGACAAGCCUUCCAAAGACUCAAAAGAGUCCAAAAGUGCCUUCAGAGACUUCAGCAGGGACUCGGGCAAAGUCUCCAAAGACUCCUUGAAGAAACCCAAAGAGAACCAGCCGCUGCGAGAUGAGCAGCCUAUCCCUAAGAUGGGUUUCAAAGAGCCCAAGGCCAUAUCUAAGGAACAUCGGGCACCUGAGGUUAGCUUCUCGAGUUUGGGCCAAAAUAAACGAAGGCCCUCAAUGGACGAUGAAGCCCAUAUUACCAAAAAACGGAAAGGGAGUUUUUCUGAGCCUUUGCAGAAGCUCCAGUCCAGUUCCAGCUUGGUCCAGCAUCACCACUUGGAUAAAAAGGCUCUAAAGGACAAGACACAGGUCCGGCAUGCCAAGUUAAGGGAUAAUGAGCUGUCUGAGAGAAGGAAGGUGUCCGCGUUGCCUCCUUUUCAGGAUGUGGUGGACCCAAAUGACUCUGAUAUGGAUGACAAUAUUUCAGCUAAAUACGAUUCAGAGCAGCCCAGUCCAGCCAGUUCUAGCUCCAGUUCCAGUUCAGGAUAUAGACCUACACACAAGCGACAAGUGCUGGGUCCAUUACAGACAAUAAUUCCAGAUUUGCACUCGGAUGACAAUGAAGACGAGUCGGAGGAGGAAGAGGACAACGACAUAGACUCGGACAUGGAGCGUCCUUUACAUACACACAUGACACAUCGCCAUCGCAGAGUGAGUUUGAGUGAUGGCAGUGACAGUGAAAAUAGCUCCUCUUCCUCACCACUCCCACACAAUGAAGCCCCUGCUCUUCUCAAGGCCAAUAAUAAUCAGAUUCUAGAAGUAAAGAGUCCAAUGAAGCAGACAAAAAUGGAUAAAAACAAGAACAUUGACUGUGACAAGGCAUACUUGGAUGAACUGGUGGAGCUCCAUAGAAGACUAAUGGCACUGAGAGAGAGGCAUAUAUUACAGCAGAUUGUCAACCUCAUCGAAGAAACUGGGCAUUUUCACAUCACAAACACAACCUUUGACUUUGACCUUUGCUCCUUGGACAAAACCACAGUUCGAAAGCUGCAGAGCUACCUAGAAACUUCAGGAACAUCUUAAAGACGUGUGCAGCUGGCUGCCAUGAGCAGGAACGCCAGACCUCCUGAUUGUCCUCCUGAUUUUGUCUCAAAUCAAUUGUGGCAAUGUUAUGGAAUCAGCUUCGCUGAGAGGUCCUGGAGCUCCUUUCUUCUCUCAGUGUGCCUCAGAGAUGGAUGCGAGAUUCUUCCUGUCCACCAGGACUUCACCUGAAAAGCCUUGAAAAGUCCAACAUUGCCAAAAAAAAGGGAAUAACAAGUUCAUGCGCCAAAAAGACAAAAAAAAAAGACAAAAAAGUGUGCAUAUUGUUACAAUGUAUGAAUGAUGUUUGGUUCUGUUCUUUGUGAAGAAUGCAUGUCUCAACACUGCCUUA